AUGGACAAGAGGCAAAUUCGAAAAGCUGUCGAGACAGCUCGCGAUAUCUACGAUGCAUUUGGCCAAGUAACCAUUAGUGAAAGUACGGCACAAUGGUGGUUCAAGGAAUUCCGCAGCUGUGGCGAAAGCUUUGAAGAUGAAGAGCGCAGUGGUCGGCCACAUGAUGUCGACAACGACGAAUUAAAGGGCCUGGUGGAAGCAAAUCCCGGCACAACUGUGCGUGAGCUUGAUGUCGAUAUUUCGACCACUUCAAACGGAUUGGAAAGUCAAAAAAGCUUGAUAAAUGGUUACCGCACGAAUUGA